AUGACAGAGAAACACGAUCCAUCAAUUAAAUUCUGCACUGUUUGUGCAUCUAACAAUAAUAGAUCCAUGGAGUCUCACAGAGUACUUCAAGAAGCUGGAUAUAAUGUGAGUUCAUUUGGUACCGGUUCUGCAGUUAGAUUACCUGGUUUAUCCAUUGAUAAACCAAACGUAUACCCAUUUGGUACACCUUACAAUGAUAUAUACAAUGAUUUACUUUCACAAUCCGCGGAUCGUUAUAAGUCAAAUGGAUUAUUACAAAUGCUAGAUCGUAAUAGAAAGAUUAAGAAAGCACCAGAAAAAUGGCAAGAAAAUGGACCACAGACCUUUGAUUUUGUAUUUACAUGUGAAGAACGUUGCUUUGAUUCUGUAUGUGAAGAUUUAAUGAAAAGAGGGGGAACUCAAAAUAAAAUAGUACAUGUUAUAAAUAUUGACAUUAAGGAUGAUAACGAAAAUGCGAAAAGUGGUUCAAAGGCCAUAUUACAACUAGCUGACAACAUUAGUUCAAAAGUCGAAGAAUGUCGUAUACAAGAAAUACCGUUCGAGGAUACAAUAAUGGACAUAUUAACCGAAUGGCAAGAGAAGUAUCCUAACUUACCAAGUCUUUAUUCACCAGCUUACUACUGA